UCUUUCUUCAGCUCUGUUGUUCUAUUGUGCAGUCGGCUCCGUCCCAGCAUAUUUCAAGUGUCAGCUUAUUUUGACGAUCAUCUCUACCUAGCUGCAGUGCAAGCACCCACCUUCCGUACACCGACACAUCGCUUUUUUUUUUAGUUUCAAUCAGCAAUGGAAUCAACUCUUCUCGAGCACCCCCGGAGCCCCAACUUCAUGGAUACCCCAUUUGCUUAUGACUCGAUUGCCAACCUCGAGCCGUACUUGCAGUACCCCCAGUCCCCCUAUGGGGUCUCCACGAUGUCCCUCCCUGGACCCUCGUCUUCGUCCCCUCGCUUGGACUUCAAUUCGUUGAACCUUACGAACUCAAUCGGCGAGUAUUCUUACUCUUCGAGCACGUCGUACACGACUGCUUCGCCAGGGCGCCCCUACACGCCCCCCGACAACGGCAUCUCGCCUCCCGCUGUGUACUCUCUCAGCGCUGGUGAGCUCUCGUCGGACGGCCUUACUUCAGGCCGGCGUAGCCGUGGAAGCGGGACUCACUCCCCUUCCUCCGUGCACUCUGUUCCUUACUCCGCUGCCGUGCCGCGGUCGCACCGCUUCAACCCCAUUGCGGCGCCUACCACGCGCUCUGCCACCAAGGCUACGCGGAGAAAGUCAAGGAAUGACGACUCUGAUGAUGAGGAUGAUGACUUCCAGCCCUCCAUCCCUGCUAACGCCAGCACUGACAUGCGCCGCGAGACAAUUCGUCGUCAACGCAUCGAGUCAGAGCAGAGGCGUCGUGAUGAACUUCGGGACGGUUACCGCAGACUCAAGGAUGCUCUUCCGGUCUCUAACCAGAAGUCUAGCAAGGUCUCGCUCCUAGACCGCGCUACGACUCACGUCAAGUACCUCGAGAUGACCGCUCAACAACUCCAGACGAGACUCCAACAGGCUGAGGCCGAAGUACAGCGACUUCGCUCUGUCAAUGAGGCGUUGAUGCUCGGCACCGCUGAGCAACGUCACGCCGCUGCUGCCGCCGCAGUCGCAGCAGUAUCUCAGCAAUCACAGUCAAAUUUCUGAUUGCUGUGCUGACAUGGGAUCGCUCGAAAUAUUCAUGAAAAAAGCACCGUCGGUUUACAUUAUCAGCAUUGUUUAUUCGCAUGAUCAUACGACACUGGAACGCCUGUCGCCGGACUACAGGUUUUACGCACACUCAACGGACACUUAGCACGCAUUUUUUAUUUUUGCACUGGUUAUGAACUU